UCUUAGCUCUUAUAAAGAAGAAAAAUUAGACGACCGUACAUUCCUGCUCGUUCUCAAAUUUUCCAAUUACCACCUGAGAGAAACCAUGAAGCAAUUGGAGGGUACCCAGAGCUCGCUCCCGGACGAUAUUGCCCUUAAAAUUGCUUCAUUACUCGAGGUAACGGAUCUCUGUGCCUUGGGUAGUUGCUCUCGGUUCUGGAGGUCGUUGUGCGGUUCUGAGUGCAUAUGGGAGUCUCUGGUAAAGGAAAGAUGGACUUCUCUGACUCUGUUCGACGAGUCUUCUUCGUCCACUGCCACCAAAGCUCCAAUCUCCAAGGGAUGGAGGGGGUUUUACAUAAAGAGGCACAAAGAGAUGGCAGUAAGGGUUCCUGCAGUAACCAAGUUUGUGGAAAAAUGCUUUCCGACUAAAUCACUUGAGGUCGGAGACUAUCUGAAAGCAAUUGAAGAAUUGUCUACCAUGCAGGUUGGGUUCAAGGAUGUCCAAAUGUUCCUUUUCAAACCGAAGCAUAAUGUGCUGCUUAACUUGGUUGGCUUGCAUUACUGCUUAAGUUGGCUUGAAGUGCCGGGCGGCAAUAUCAUUGAAGCACUUCGAAGUAGCAAGAUUUCAGAGCGCCGAGUGUGCGUCAAAUGGUGGAAGCUUGGCCGAUGGUUUUAUGGCUUUCGCAUGGGGGACGAGUCUCAUUCUCGUUGGGUCUCUCUGGCAGAUCUUGCAUUGGCCAAAGAACGGGAAGUUUUUGCAGUGCUUCAGCGAGGAGCCAUUCAUGAGGUUCUUCGUGUUCAGAUCUCUGUAGCUGAUCCCACAAGCACUCCUUGGUCAUGCCAAAGCGCACAAACACAGGAUUAGGCAAAUGCCCAAAAUGAUUUAUUGUAUAUAACAUUUGUUUCCUGUUAUCCUUGUGAUAAUGAUAUUUCCGUAAUUUGUUGUAUAUGUAUAUUUAUUGUGUACAUUUAUCAUAGCCAUAAAUCUGUAUACUAUGUACCCUAUGUAUAAUUUGUUCUCUGGGUAUAUCUGAUAUGUAUUACUUGUACA